CUCCCGUCCCAAGUAUGUCCUCCUUUUCCCAUGGCUUCGUGUCUUGGGAAGAUUCUGAGGAUCCCUCGAGUGGGGCCUCUCGGAACAGCUGGGACGGCGGCGGCCCCUCCACCCACAUCCCGAGCGUUUUGAGGCGCCCGGUCUCGUCUUCGGGACCAAACUCAUUCUCUCACCUCACAGCACCUCCUGCCAUCGAAUCUCCUGUUCUCCAUCAACACUCGCUACCUCUCACACCUUUAGCCCGGGCUCUAGCACGAACAGGUACUUUGAUCAACUUCAACUAUUCAGACGGGACUGGUCCAGUGCGAUUCCCCUCAUAUCCAGUUCUUCGAGCCCUACAAUCACAAGCAAUGCAAGCUCAAGAAAGUACAAGUAGGGUCGACGAUCGUUCCACCAAUUUUAGCCCGGCUGUUCGUUCUCCUUCAUCUGCUAGCUCACUCUCCUCAGCCGUCGCAUCCGAGGACGAGGAGAAUGGACAGGAGAUGGCUCUGGACGAGCAGGACCAGGAGGCCGACGAUGAGGGAGCCUCUGGCGAGCAGAAGGCUUCGGCUCGAGGUCCGAAUACAAGUGUGAAUUACAAGAUCAAAUUCCAAAAGGCGAGAGAAAAGUACAAUCGCGUACAGGCUGACUCUGCAUCACUCCUCAAGGGACUGCAAGACGCUCAGAAGAAGGAGAAGAAGCUGGAAGAGGAGAUCAAUUGGCUCCUGGACACUAUAGCGUCACGCAGACCUGACCUUGCCAAUCUCGAUCACUGAAGGCUGUACAAUACGACACGCCUACGCGUAGCUCGAGUCGCAAAGCACAAACCAUACAAAAGUCACCAUCAACGCUCUCUAAGAGAUAGCUACCUAGGCAUACUAUGUUGUAUUAUAUGUUGUUACGUUUCAUGAUGGUACAGGUAGAAGACAGGAAGCGGCACUCGUACCUUUGCGACCUUUCCCUCUACUGGUGAAUCCAAUCUGGUAUAUCCAUCCCUUCCUCUGCGUGAGUUGUACUGCUAGAUGGCUCAUAGAGGCCUUGCUACAAGGCACUACAGGCCUUUGGUCUUGACCGAUUGCACAGCCGUGCCUCCAUCCUUCACCUUACGCACUGCUACACUGAGCUCAUCUUGAAUUUCGUAGUAUCACUGACCGGCUUUCCACAAAUCGCACAAAGUCCCUUUUUAUAAGCGCAACCACUACAAUAAGUCGCCUUUUCUUGACUGA